AUGACACCGGCGGCGCGCCGUCGCUCCUGCGCGCCUCCUGCGCACACCCCCAUGGAAGCGCCGCGUGAGCCUGUUCCCGCCCCCCCCGGCGUGCCUGAGCCAAUCGAAAAGGUGGUGUGUGUGCGAGGGCAAGUGGGGAGGGGGACUCAGCUCAGGACAGGGAGGCCCUGCUCGCAGGUCCCGGGGUCCCGGUGGCAGCCGGAGCGCUUGGUCCGCAGGCAGCGGGCGGGUGCCCCCCUCCGCCCCCACCCCGCGCGUGCGCGCCCCGGCCCCUCCCUCCCUGCCACCCCCCUCGGCUCCCGCGCGGCGGCGGCGGUUCCUCUCCCCCUCCCCCCAGCCCUGGCUCCGGGGGACCCCGCGAUGCCGGUCCGCACCGAGUGUCCCCCGCCGGCCGGUGCCUCGGCCGCCUCCGCGGCCUCGCUCAUCCCGCCGCCGCCCAUCAACACCCAGCAGCCCGGCGUGGCCACCAGCCUGCUCUACAGCGGCUCCAAGUUCCGCGGCCACCAGAAGAGCAAGGGGAACUCGUACGACGUAGAGGUGGUGCUGCAGCAUGUGGACACAGGGAACUCUUACCUUUGUGGAUACCUGAAGAUAAAAGGCCUUACUGAGGAGUAUCCAACCCUUACGACUUUUUUUGAAGGAGAAAUAAUCAGCAAAAAACACCCUUUCUUAACGCGGAAGUGGGACGCAGACGAAGACGUUGAUCGGAAACACUGGGGCAAGUUUCUGGCUUUUUAUCAGUAUGCAAAAUCAUUUAAUUCAGAUGACUUUGAUUAUGAAGAGCUGAAGAAUGGGGAUUAUGUCUUCAUGAGGUGGAAGGAACAGUUCCUGGUCCCAGAUCACACGAUCAAAGACAUCAGCGGUGCCUCCUUUGCUGGGUUCUAUUACAUCUGCUUCCAGAAGUCGGCAGCCUCCAUAGAAGGCUACUAUUAUCAUAGGAGUUCAGAAUGGUAUCAGUCCCUCAACCUAACUCAUGUUCCUGAACACAGCGCACCCAUCUACGAAUUCCGGUGACAGCGGUUCAGAGCAGGAACCAAAUAAAACUGAACUUGGCAAA